GGCAGCGAAGUCAUUAUAAAAAGUUGAGCUCGUUGCCUCGUCGUCUCUGCUCGGGGAAUUGGUUUUAGUUGAAGCAGCAGCAGCAGCUACCAAAGAAGCAAUCGCUGAUCAGCCUUCAAAACUAGUUCUAUCUUCCUCCAGGAGGGGACAAUCCCCCAAGGCUUCAGAAGCUGCAUUCAUGGAGUCGUCGCCGGAGGGGGAGCGGCGGCAGAGCCUGCUGGUGCGCGCGACGGAGCCGGAGGAUGUUGCUGAGUACACAGGUGAUGGGUCAGUUGACUUUAGAGGUUCUCCUAUUUUAAAACGUAACACAGGGAACUGGAGAGCGUGUUCAUUGAUUCUUGGAACUGAAGUAUGUGAACGUUUGGCCUACUAUGGCAUCUCAAAAAGUCUGGUCACUUACCUUUCAACAAGACUACAUGAAGGAAAUGUCUCUGCAGCAAGGAACUUCACAACCUGGCAAGGAACUUGUUAUCUCACACCACUUAUUGGAGCAACAUUAGCAGAUUCGUACUGGGGAAAGUACAGGACUAUUGCUGUUUUCUCCACUAUUUACUUUCUUGGGAUGGCAGCAUUGACACUUUCCGCAUCAGUUCCUUCUUUCAUGCCCCCUCAAUGUAUCGGAUCUAUUUGUCCACAACCGACCUUACCUCAGUAUCUUGUAUACUUUGUUGGACUAUACAUGAUUGCUUUGGGAGCUGGAGGUAUUAAGCCAUGUGUCUCAUCCUUUGGUGCUGACCAAUUUGAUGAUACUGAUCCAGUUGAGAAAACAAAGAAAGGCGCUUUCUUCAAUUGGUUUUAUUUCUGCAUAAAUAUUGGCUCUUUGAUCUCUGGCACUGUUCUUAUCUGGGUACAAGAGAAUUAUGGAUAUGGCAUUGGAUUUGGCAUCCCUACUUUUUUCAUUGCCUUAGCUAUUGGAAGCUUUUUUAUAGGCUCAGAGAUAUAUAGAUUUCAGAUACCAGGAGGAAGCCCACUUACAAGAGCGUGCCAGGUAAUUGUGGCAGCCACUCGCAAGCGAAAAGCGGAUUCGCCUGUUGAUAGCUCUCUUCUCUAUGAGCUUGAUGGUAAGAGUUCAGAUAUCGAGGGGAAUCGUAAGCUGGAGCAUAGUUUUGAAUUCAGUUUCCUUGACAAAGCUGCGGUCAUUCUGUGGAAUGAACGUGAUGGUUCUAAUGAUCCAUGGAGACUUUGCACAGUCACACAAAUUGAAGAGCUUAAAAUAUUGCUGAGGAUGUUUCCAAUCUGGGCAACAGGCAUUGUGUUCUUCACCGUGUGUGCUCAAAACUCAUCAAUGUUCAUAGAACAGGGGAUGGCCCUCAAUAACCGAAUUGGUUCUUUCAAGAUUCCACCAGCCACUCUGUCAUCCUUAGAUGUUAUCAGUGUUGUUGUUUGGGUUCCAAUUUAUGAGAGAUUAGUUGUGCCCAUAGCCAGGCGAUUCACUGGAAAAGAGAGAGGUUUCUCAGAGCUUCAACGAAUGGGAAUCGGUUUAUUUGUGUCUACAAUCGCAGUGGCAGUUGCAGCACUAGCUGAGAUCAAGCGUCUGCAGGUCGCAAGGGCAGAGGAUCUGGUCCAUCAAAAGGUGCCUGUUCCUAUGAGCAUCCUUUGGCAGGCACCUCAGUACUUGCUGGUCGGUGUGGGGGAGGUGUUCACAUCAAUUGGUCAAGCUGAAUUUUUCUACAAUCAGUCACCAGACUCCAUGAGAAGCCUAUGCUCAGCUUUUGCUCUUGUUACUGUGUCACUCGGUAGUUAUCUCAGCUCAUUCAUCUUGACCCUGGUGUCAUAUUUCACGACUCGAAAUGGGCAGUUGGGGUGGAUUCCUGAUAACUUAAACGAAGGCCAUCUUGACCGUUUUUUCUGGCUGAUAACCGGCCUAAGCUCUCUUAAUCUCCUAGUUUUCCUAUAUUAUGCCCAACAAUACAAGUGCAAGAGAGCCUCUGUUGCUUAAAGUUCUGGGUUAUUUUUUUGUACAGCAAAUAUAAAUGUCCAAUCUUCUUGGAUAAAGGAAACACAUCCCUUUUGUCUCA